UUGAAUUUAGCGCGUGAUGUGAUUGCUCAAGCCCAGUCCGGUACCGGAAAAACGGCCACUUUCUCGAUUUCAAUCCUUCAACGGAUCGACGAAACAAAGCCGUAUGUACAAGCACUGGUUAUGGCUCCUACUAGGGAGCUAGCUCAGCAAAUCCAAAAAGUGAUGAUUGCACUUGGAGACUAUAUGAAAGUCAAAGUACACGCAUGCAUCGGUGGCACAAGUAUUCGCGACGAUCAACGGAAGUUGGAAGCUGGUGUACAUGUUGUGGUCGGAACUCCUGGUCGUGUUAAUGACAUGAUUAGCCGAGAUAUUCUGGUUACUUCAUAUAUCAAAAUGUUUGUUCUGGAUGAAGCUGACGAAAUGCUUUCUCGUGGUUUCAAGGAUCAGAUUUAUGAAGUCUUCAAGACUAUGCCGCGAGAUGUUCAAGUUGUUCUUCUCUCUGCAACUAUGCCGGCAGACGUACUUGAUGUUACGGAGUGUUUCAUGAGAAAUCCCAUCAGAAUUCUUGUGAAAAAGGAGGAGUUGACACUCGAAGGAAUUCGUCAGUUCUACGUAAAUGUCCAAAAGGACGUGGGUUGCAUUGCUUAUUUUAUAGAUUACGAUUAG